AUGUCCGACAUGACUAGCUCAGAAACAGGCUCGCAAAUGUCGACAUUAGAUCGAAAUAAUGUGAAGUGGGAAGUGAAUAAGAACGAGAUUCGAUUCAUGUACAUGGACCAAGAUAAGAAUUUGACCGCUGUUAUGACGCAUAUAGAGUCGGUUCACGGAUUCUUCGCUAGUGCGAGGAAAUGGAAAAUGAAGCUUAAGGAGUGGGGCUUCGAGAAGAACAUCCCCGCCAAGGAGAUAGGCAUUAUGGCGAAGAUAGCCGAAAAGAGGAAACGCGAGGAAGGGAAAGAAACCAGCUUUGAAAGAGGUGGUCUCCUAGUACCGCAAAACAAAUUGGAUGCUUUCAAGAAACGCAAAAGGGAUGAUGCUAUAACAACGCAAAUGCAAGAACCAGAAACACCUCCAAAUAUCACCUACCACACACCACGUGUCAUCGAAGAGAUGUCAGAAGUAUCAAAUAGCACAGGAAUACCCGACGAGCCAGGAGAACAGACAAUAGAGAGCAGUAUUUUGUCCGGUGUGUCAAGUAGUUCAGGGAUAUCCGAAUCCCUGGUAGAGGCUGCACAAAGUAUCACCAUUCCAGGUACACCCCAAAGAUUCAGUGCGAAUGGAUCUCAAGAGAUGUGUCUCGACCAAGAAUUAAGCGACAUCUCUAAAGUGCUACAGCAUUAA